AUGGUGCUAGCUGAUACAAAAUUCUCAAGAAGUAGAAGUGUAACUUUGAUGGCACAGUCAAGUAAAAGAACUCAUCACAAGAAAGUACCAAAGAACUUGCGCAAUCUGCGGCGCACCAAACUUCCCCCUGACUUUGGGGUUAACUUGUUUUUAAAGAAACCAAGCAGUGACACUGGCCUAUCUCACACAUACUUUGAUUUUGACGAGGAAGAUAAAGGAGGAGGAGAUGAAAGUGAAGAUGAUGAACAAGACAAUGAUACUGUUUGUGAAUCAGAAGAGCUUGAAGCGAUAUCGUUUCUAUUUCAGGGAAGAAUUCCCCAAAAACCUGGAAUGUUAUUUAGAGAAAGGCCUCUGCCACUGCCACUUCCUCACAAAUUGAGGCCGCUCAAACUUCCCAUGUCAAAGAAGCAUGUUCCCUUUGCUGCUCCAAAGAUAGUCUCUUCACGUGCAUCUAUAUGUAAGCAAGUGUACAAGAACCCAAAUUUCCUCAUCAGUUUAGCUACGGAGAUCAAAGCCCUUACUUCAAAUGAGGAUGUGUCCGUGGUUCUUGACAAAUGUCCUAGAUUCUUGCGGAAAGGGUCAUAA